CUAUCACCCUCUGACUCAAUGUCCACAGUGCCAAUCGAUUACACCAUCACUAUGUAUUUCCAACAAGGUUGGCGAGACAAGCGCCUAUCGUAUACCGCACUCCCACUCAACCUCACUCUAGACAAUCGAGUCGCCGACCAGCUCUGGCUCCCAGACACCUACUUCCUGAAUGAUAAGAAAUCCUUCCUGCAUGGAGUGACAGUGAAAAACCGCAUGAUCCGCCUGCAUCCGGAUGGUACCGUGUUGUAUGGACUCAGGAUCACCACCACAGCAGCUUGUAUGAUGGAUCUACGGAGAUACCCCCUGGAUGAGCAGAACUGUACGUUGGAAAUAGAGAGCUAUGGCUACACAACGGAUGACAUCGUGUUUCACUGGGAAGGAGGUGAUGGAGCAGUGACUGGAGUAGACAAUCUUGAACUGCCUCAGUUCACUAUCGUUGAACUGAGUUUGGUGUCAAAGGAAGUAGCUUUUGCAACAGGUUCAUAUCCUCGCCUGUCGCUCAGUUUUCGUAUCAAGAGGAAUAUUGGAUAUUUCAUUCUGCAGACCUACAUGCCAUCAAUCCUCAUCACCAUCCUGUCCUGGGUCUCCUUCUGGAUUAAUUAUGAUGCUUCAGCUGCACGGGUGGCCCUCGGUGUAACAACUGUACUCACGAUGACCACAAUCAACACCCACCUGCGGGAAACUCUUCCAAAGAUCCCUUAUGUUAAAGCCAUUGACAUCUAUCUGAUGGGCUGCUUUGUCUUUGUCUUCCUGGCCUUGCUCGAGUAUGCCUUCGUCAAUUACAUCUUCUUUGGCAAAGUGCCAUCACAACCGAAGAAACCAACUGGGAAAGUCAGCAAGAGUAACACAGAGAGGGGCAGACUUGGGAACACCAGGAUUGAUGCACAUGGAAAUAUCCUCCUGAGCACCUUGGAGCUGAAUGAUGAAGUCCUGCCAUCAGAGGUUGCCAGCAGUGUGAGUGAUUCACGCAAUUCUGUCAUGUCCUUUGACAGCUCUGGAAUCCAGUUCCGUAGGGUCGGGUCCAGGGAUGGUUUAGGGCUCAGCACUAGGGAGCGGAAUGUAGACCGUGACCUUGCUAAGAGCCGCCUGCGUCGCCGAUCCUCCAAACUCAAGCUGAAGAUCCCAAAGUUGACAGAUGUUAGUGCAAUCGACAAAUGGUCAAGAGUUGUGUUCCCCAUAACCUUUGGUUUUUUCAAUGUCAUCUACUGGCUGUACUAUGUGCACUGA